GUUAGAUAGGGGGGCGACCUGUAAGUAUAGAUAGUUGUCUUCUGUUGUUGGUGGGUGCACUAUGUACUGAGCACGGAGACUAGAGUUGGAGGAAUCCCGGAUGGAGGGUUAGAAUCACACAACAACAGACCCAUUACACCGAGGGAACUGUACGGGAAGGUGUCGAGGAGACGAGCCACUCGUUGGACAGAAGAAAGGGAUUGUCGGGGAGGAAAGAGUACACCUACGGUCGCUACGAACAAGUGACCACAGUCAACAGCAGAUCUCCCAAGAUGGCGUCCUGUGCAGGUGACUGCGCAUGCGUGGAUCGAGACCUCCUGGUCGUCAAGGCGAUCUUCUUCCUGUUUUAUUCUGGUACGUCAUGUAUCUACCCAUACCUCACCGUGUACAUGCAACAGCAGGGACUGCUUGCGUCUCAGAUCGGCGUCAUUAAGUCUGGCGGGAAAUUCAUAUCCGUUUUUAUCAGGCCAGCCCUCGGCAGCAUUGCAGACAUAACUGGAAGGGCAAAAACUGUAGCUGUGUUGACGGUAGGAGUGGCUUCCGCUCUGCUCUUCUCAGUGUUGUUCAUCCCGCCAGUACCCGCCCGGGAGCAGAGACACUUAGCGGAAGCGAACAGAAGCGACACAGGCGACACACAGUCUUGGUUCUCCCUCACCUUCUGGCUAUUCUUUUGGAUUCUGUUCGUCUCUCACGGCGUGCUGUGGGGCUCUGUUUUCCAGGUGGAGGCAGCAACGUAUCAAAUCAUCAAGAAAAACCAAAGAGGUGAAUUUGGACGACAGCGGCUAUUUGGAUCCGUGGGAUACGCGCUUUUUGGUUUCCUGUCUGGCGUCGCCAUGGAUUUGUACACCCAUCAGACGAGACCAGCGAACCCUGGGAACGGUACGAGUCCACACAUCCCUGGGAAGGAGAUUGACUAUUCUGUGGCGUUCUACAUGUUCCUGGCCUUCAUGGUUUUAUCUGUGGUUUGUUUACUGGCGUUAACAGACUGGAGCCCCGCCCGUAAGGGGCAGUCCAAAGGAUUCCUGAAAAACUUGGGCAGACUGCUGUCUCAACAUCAUCUCAUCAUUGUCCUGUUUGCCGUUCUUCUCCUCGGUGCCUGUGACGGCGCGAGCGGUACCUUCCUGUUCCUCCAUCUGAAGAACCUGGGUGCCAGCCAGACUGUCCUUGGUACAUACCUGUUCGUCAAGAAAGCGGCGGAAAUACCGAUCUACGUCAUUUCCGGCUGGAUCAUCAAGAAGCUCGGACACGAGGUGGUGAUAGGAGGCGGUUUUAUAGUCUACGGUCUCAGGUUUUUACUCUACUCGUUUGUGAGCAAUCCGUGGUGGGCAGUAGCGAUAGACACACUCAACAGCUACCAAGCGGUGACGACAGUAGCCAUCACACAAUAUGCCAGCAUCUCUGCCGGGGAUGAGCUACAGACAGUCGCUCAAGCGAUUGUGGCGACAACGUUCUUCUCAAUUGGUGAGCUUUUUAUUCUAUUUCCGUCAUUGAAGUACCUUCGUGAAAACGGAGUCAUUAUAAUCAGUUGGCGUUUUUGUUCGCAAAUGAUUGUAUCUACAGGGGAUCCUCUGGGGGACCUGAUCGGCGGCCAAGUAUUUGACCUGUACGGCGCCGUGGUGCUGUUCAGGGCCUUCGCUGUGUCCUGUCUGAUCGGAUGCCUCCUGUUCUACCUGCUGUACGUGUGCAAUGGGAAGAAAGAGAAGUCCACAGAAGGAGACUUGCAUCCCGUGGAAGGAAACGACACGAAAGAUAGUUUAGCGCCAAGCGGUGAGGAUGUGACCAAGAUGGCGGCCCUGGAACCGGGCGCGUUCCUCAGGGGAGGGAGUCUGAGCAACAGAGCUGGGGAAAACAUCGGCCACAUCAGCCUGGUCAGGCCACAGGAUCAGUCGGAAUGAAUGAAUGAAGGCUCUUCAUUGAUCGACAGUCAAUACAACAAUACUAGUCUAUUCUAAUGUCUAUGGCUACAGGCACGUCGACGCAAAUGUCUAGAUCUAUGGCUACAGGCACGUCGACGCAAAUGUCUAUGGCUACAGGCACGUGGACGCAAAUGUCUAUGGCUACAGGCACGUGUCUAUGGCUACAGGCACGUGUCUAUGGUUACAGGCACUUGUCUGACUACAGGCAAAUGUCUGACUACAGGCACGUGGACGCAAAUGGUCUAUGGACAGAAGAUACAAGUUUUCGUCUGUUGCAAUACAACCUCUCUUAUACUUCUCCAUUCUCUCUCUCUUUCUCUAUGGACACUACGCUAGGUAUUUCUAUUUUCAAGAUCCUUUUGUUUUAGAUAUUG